UACCUAGGGUUGUUUCCAUGACGACGGAGUGUAAACACAAAACGUAAACAGAUUAACAGAACAUGAAAAGUCAGCUGGUUGUGGGAUUUACGAUUGUCUUAUUGAAUUCAUUGUUGAAGUUGAUGCUAAAAUUCAAUUCAAAUAAAUUCAGUUUUUGAGUUUUCAUGUCCGUUGAAGGUGAAUUUUUUGUUACCGUAACCGGUGCCAUUGAGUUUGCAGAAUUUUACGAUGCGGAUAAUUUAUACCUCAAGUAUGAAUAUCACUCUGGCCCGGAAUGGAGCGUUGUUGGGGGGGUUGAAGAAGGUUUAACACAAAUGAGCAAAUGCAGCAACGAUGCCCGACAUAUUGCAAUUUGGAACUUUCCAAUUAAUAUUGCAUUCAAGAGUACAAAUCCACAUGGUUGGCCACAAUUAAUUCUAUCAGUUUACGGACUGGAUAUUUUCGGACACGAUGUCACCAGAGGAUAUGGAGUUUGCCAUAUUCCCUUAACUACAGGCCGGCACGAGAAAAAAGUGCCAAUCUAUGUCGUGGAAUCUUCAUCUACAAUACAACAAUUCGCAGCAUGGUUGACUGGUGUAAAACCAGAAUUAAUUGAUCCCUCGAUUUUGGCGAGUGGUGAUGGCCGAGAACUCACACGUAUGAGAGUUCAAGGAUCCAUUGCUGUUGGUUUCAACGUCAUGUUAAAAGAUUUCUUCAAAUUGGGUUACGAUAACGGCGAGAAACAAAAUAAAUAAAAUUAUAUUAUUGCCUAUUCAAUAUGAAAAUAAAUCCUCUCUUUUUUUUGAUAAUUUCCAA